AAUACUGUGUGAUUAUGCGCAGUUCCGUUUCCAGGGCAACCACAAUACGUUUCUCUGGAUGAAGUCAUUUGUUACGCUGAUAGUUGCUAUAGUUACAACCUAGAGAGGGCGCUGCGGAGGAGCGGGUAUGACGCAGGGCGGGGGCGUGCCCGCGAUGCGCGCUGCGCAAGGCUGGUUGUUGUUCCCGCAGAGAGGCGAGAAGAUGGCGGCCGUGUCAAGCGGAGGUGCUGCUGGGUCCGCUGCGGCCGGGAUUACGCACUCUACCCGACCGGCCCACGCAGGCAUGGGCGCCCAGAACCGAACACAGCCGUCCUCCGGGAUCAGCCACUCCAAUAGACCUACCCCGGCAGCGGGGUGCAUCACUAACCCCGGCCACCCUUCGGCCAGCAGGCCCCCCCCAGCCCGAGUGGGCUACUACGAAAUCGAGCGGACUAUCGGCAAGGGAAAUUUCGCCGUUGUAAAACUAGCCACACACAUCAUCACCAAAGCAAAGGUGGCUAUCAAGAUAGUGGACAAGACCCAGCUCGAUGAUGAGAACCUGAAGAAGAUCUUCAGGGAGGUUCAGAUCAUGAAGAUGCUGCGACACCCCCACAUCAUCCGCCUCUACCAGGUGAUGGAGACAGAAAGGAUGAUCUACCUGGUAACAGAGUACGCCAGUGGAGGAGAGAUAUUUGACCACCUGGUGGCCCAUGGCAGGAUGGCAGAGAAGGACGCCAGGAGGAAGUUCAAACAGAUCGUGGCGGCGGUCCAUUUCUGUCACUGCCGCAACAUCGUCCACCGUGACCUGAAAGCUGAGAACCUCCUGCUGGACCACAACCUCAACAUCAAGAUAGCAGACUUUGGCUUCAGUAACCUGUUUGCGCGAGGCCAGCUGUUGAAGACGUGGUGUGGAAGCCCCCCCUACGCCGCCCCGGAGCUCUUUGAGGGCAAGGAGUACGACGGGCCCAAAGUGGACAUCUGGAGUUUGGGCGUGGUGCUGUACGUCCUGGUGUGUGGUGCCCUGCCAUUCGAUGGCAGCACCUUGCAGAACCUUCGAGCCCGGGUGCUGAGCGGAAAGUUCCGGAUUCCUUUCUUCAUGUCUACGGAUUGUGAGUAUCUGAUCCGCCACAUGCUGGUGCUGGAGCCGAGCCGCAGGCUCUCCAUGGAGCAGAUCUGCAAGAACAAGUGGAUGAGGCAGGGAGACCCCGACCCCGAGUUUGACAGGUUGAUAGCGGAGUGCGAGCAGGUCAAGUCAGAGAGGGAGACGGAGCUGAUCAACGAGCAGGUGCUGAUGGCCAUGUCUGAGAUGGGACUGGACCGCGAGCGCACACUGCAGUCACUACACACCGACGCGUACGAUCACUACAGUGCCAUCUACAGCCUGCUGGCCGACCGCCUCAAGAAGCACAAGACCCUGCGCGUGGCCCCGCCCACUCCUGCGCCCACCCCGCGCCCCAUUGGCUACCCUCUCAACCCCGUCCAGACGGAUCAGCAGGGUAAUCCCGUUAGCAUGACUGUCCCACAAGUCCAGCUUAUCAACCCGGAGAACCAGAUCGUGGAGCCCGACGGAAACAUGGCGUUGGACAGCGACGAAGGCGAGGAGCCAUCCCCCGAGGCCAUGGCUCGCUACCUGUCCAUGCGUCGACACACAGUGGGCGUCCCAGACCCCAGGGCGGACAUGCAGGAGGAGCUCCAGAAGCUUCCUCCAGGCUUCCCCCGCGGCGCCGCCCCCCAGCCCCCUUUCCCGCCCCCCGCCAUGGGCCCCAUGCACACGCUCAUGCCCACCCAGAGCUUGCAGCCCAGCCAGCACCUGGAGUACAAGGAGCAGUCCCUGCUGCAGCCCCCCACCCUGCAGCUGCUGAACGGUAUGGGCCCGCUGGGCCGCAGGGCCUCCGAUGGGGGGGCCAACAUCCAGCUCCACGCCCAGCUCCUGAAGAGGCCUCGGGGACAGUCACCUCUUGUUGCCAGCCCCCACCCCAUCCCAGCAGUAGCUCCGGUGGAUGAAGAGGGUUCGGACGGUGAGCCCGACCAGGAGGCGGUCCAGAGGUACCUGGCGAACCGCUCCAAGCGGCACACGACGCACGCGCUCAUGAGCACGGGGCCCCACGGGGAGCUGCAGGCUGCAGACCCCCAGCGGCCCCAGGCCUCCCGACAGAGGGGGGGCUGGGCCCCCGAGCAGCACAGCAGCCGGUCUAGCUAUAAGGACUGUAACACCCUCCACCUUCCCAUGGAGCGUUUCUCCCCAGUGAGACGCUUCUCCGAUGGGGCAGCCACCAUCCAGGCCUUCAAGGCCCACCUGGAGAACAGCAGCCUCAUCCGGCAGCUCAAACAGGAGUGCGAGCAGCUGCAGAAAAUGUACGCCGCUCCUCAGGAUGAGAGGCUACUGGAGCACACACAGCAACAGCACUUCCUGUACCAGCAAGAGCAACAGAUACUACACCAGCAGAUACAGGCCCUGUCUCUGGGACACGGGGAGAGCCUGCCUAGUCACCUCACCCACCAGCUCCAGAGGUUGCGCAUCCAGCCCUCUAGUCCACCGCCUACACAUCCCAGCAACCACCUCUUCAGACAGCCCAACCCGAGCCCUCCUCCCUGCUCUGCAGAGAUGAUGCAGGGUCACGGUGGUCCGCCAGCAGUACAGUACCAGCACGGCCCCUCCCUCUACCAGCCCCAGAGCGGGAGCCCCCCCCCCAGCGGGCACCCCCGCGUGGGCCUGCCCCCUCCCCAGCAGCAGCAGCAGCAGCAGCAGCAGAGCUGCUCGGUCCGCCAGGGCGUGCCUUUGGCCCAGGCUGGGCCGCAGCAGGUCACUAUCCAGGUCCAGGAAGUGGAGCUGGGGGGCGGGGCCCAGCGUCAGGGCGGCUUCCUGACCACGCCGUGUAGUCACCGCGUCCUGGGGAAGCAGCUGAGCGCCGACAACGCCGAGACUCACAGUCGCAGUCUGGGUCGCUUUACCACAGUGUACGACCAGCAGUCCCAGUUUAACCCCCAUCUCUUUGGCGACGGGGGCCGUGGGCCGUCAGGCGUGGUGGGCAGCUACAACCCCUACCUCCAGGGGGCGUCCCUCAACGUGCCCGGCCUGGACAACUACCAGAGCGGGGCGGUGGCGGGGGGCUACGGCCCCCCCUCCGCCCUGCAGCAGGCCCUGCUGUCACCCACCCCUCUGGAGUACCGCCCCCCGCAGCAGCACGUCACCCCCACACUCCAGGGCCUCCUGUCCCCCCGCCACUCCCUGACGGGCCACGCCGACCCCCGGCUCCCCCCCCAGGACCUGGCGGCCCUGCUGAAGAGGCAUAGCCCCCGGCCGGGGCCCCCCACUCCGCCCAGCGCCCCCCAGGACUACGGGGAAAUGCUGCUCCUCCGUCAGCUCAGCCAAGGGGGGGACACGGGCCUGGACCCCCAGGCAAGCCCAGUCUCGGCCCCCCACUACCACCACCUCCUCCAGAUUCGACCCCCGGACGUCCAGGGCCAGCCCCCCGGCCUGCCCCCUAGUCUGCCCCACUCUGAGAGCAUGGAGGAGGACGAGGGGCUACCCGUAGGGUACCCGCAUCACCAGGGCCUGCUGGCCAAAUCUGCAGCCGUGGUGUGCGCGGAGGAGCACGAGAUGCUGGGGGCCCCCCCGGGGGGCACCCCCCCCUACAACACCCCCACCCACAGGCACGCCUACAUGAGGACUGCCUCGGCUGCAAGAGACAAUGAGCACGUGGACUGUAGGACCCAGGGGCAGGCGAUGGAGAUGCCUGAUCACAAUGGCGUGGGCUACAACAGGGCUCCCCAGGGCGACGGUUACAGGCCCCGCGGCCAGCUGCAGCGCCACCACACCAUCCAGACCUGCGACGACGCCUACGAUCAGACCGAGCCCAUGUCUGGGAUGAGCCUAUUGGCUGGGAAGGCCCUGAGCUCCGCCCGCAUGUCUGACAUCCUCAGCCAAUCAUCACUGACAGGAAGUCAGCAGCUCCACCAGCGGGAGGAGUCAGUGUGUGACGUGGAGGGGGAGCUCCACGCUGCUGCCUGCUACCCCUCAUCCUGUACCAGCAACAUGCUGCUCAGCUAUAAGCCCCCAGACCUGCAGUACAGCAUGGAACAGGCUGGGGUCUAGCACAGGGGCAUCUCCUGUGUAUAAAGGUCCAUAUCAGCCCCUUGUGCCGACCAGCAUCACUCCAAACCGCCAUUGUCUGUCCAGGAGGGGGCGCUGUGCAUCUGACCUAGGGGAGGGCAUCCUGCAGCCUGGGGAGGGGGUGGGGUGGGGUGGGUGGUGGCCAGGCAGGGGAAGGAAGUAGAGGUUCAGCACAGCCAUCCAGCAAGCAUUGCCAUUGGAUGCUCCAUUUAGCUCUUCCAUCUGAUUGGAUAGAUUGAGUUCUUCACCCGCCCCUCCCAUUUACUUCCUCCUUCAACCCUCUCCUCCCCCCUUUUAACCCAACCAUGCCCACCCCUUGCCCUCUUAACUGUUGCCAUAGCAACAUUGUCAUACGCCUCAAUGUCCAAGGCAUUCAUAUAGGCAAAUGUAUAGAGAAACGUCAACAAAAACACACACACAUAGACUCUUUCUCAUACACACGUGCGCACACAUACCUUCAGCCACAAACCCAAAGUAUUUGACAUCAAGUCUGUGUGCGGGGAUGUCUGUGAGGUUCUGUUCGCUCCUCCCUCUCCCCUCCACUGUAUUCCAGUGGACCAUUCCGGAGUGGCUGUGACCUCAGAGCCUAUGAGGCCCUUUCUCAGAGCGGGCCCAUUCCACUGGGCUUGGAGGGAUGUUUGGAGGUCAGGCUCUGUGGCUCUCUGAACCCAGAUCAGCUCAGUGACAUCACACAGGACAACCAGCUCUCAUGGUCUCUUUUCUUGUUCUGUCGUUCUUUUUUUCUUAAUUUCAUUUUUUAUUCAUUUUUACGGCUAAUGUUCAUGUAGAAAUUAUGAUCAUUAUUGUUACUAUUAUUGUUAUUACUGUUUUUCUGUAAAAAAAAAAGAAGUUUUAUUGUUAUUAUGGUUAUAAUGAAUAUUAUUAUUAUUAAAGGAAAAAAACAGUUCUGUGUUGCAAGAAAGAUUACAUAAUAUUUUUUGUUUAAUUACUGAAGUAAUUCUGCACUUUCGGUUCAAGCAAUCUCUUCCCUGCGCUCCACCUUGCUCCAUCUUGCUCCACCUUGCCUUCUCCUUCUCUUAGUACCCUGUUCUCUGACAUUCAAAACCCUUCUUCAACCCUGCUCGUCAUUCCAUCCCUCCCUUUUUUGCCCUCCUCUCCCUGGCCCCUCUCUGUCAGUGACAGUGUGUUGCAUUGUGGGUAGUUUAACCGACAUUCUUCCCCUUCCCUGUACAGUGAUGCCAUGUAUAGACCGCAAUUUCAAUUUGUGUAUCAAAACCUUAGUUUUAGAGGGUCUUGGGGAGGCUUUUUUAUAUUGUUGUUAUUAUUUGUGUUUCUGGAUGUCUUCAGAUACCUGUUUUUGUUUUCUGAAUAUUGCGAUUUUUAGCCAAAAGAGGAGAGAAGAGAACGUGAGUGACUUGUCUUCAUGAAAAACGAUUGUUCAUUUAUUGUUUUUAUUUUCGAGAAACUUGAAGAGGAGAGUAAUUUGUGUCACUUUUAUCAUUUCAAUCAUUGAUGUUGUUGUGGCUCUAGUCAUUGUUCCUGUUUUAUAGGUGGGGGUGUAUUUUGCAGGCUGUUAGGUGGGCUGUUUCAAAGACUGUCGUGGAACUGGAGGAGGGGAACAUGUAAAAUAGCUGACAUAUCAUCAUAAACAUUAGGAGAAGGUGGCAAUGGACACACACCCUCCUCUCUCUCGCUACCUGACAUCCUCUCGUAUGCAGUGGUGUUUGACCUUUGACCCCGUCAACCAUCCUAUUGGUUGAAAUGAAACGGGCAUGACCUAUCCUCCACACUGUCCCAGAUACCAUGGAAACCGAAGAGGAAGUACUGCUCCCAACACUUGACCCCCCCACCCUAAUCUUGUUCCCUCCCUCCUUCUCUCUCCCCCACCCCGCGCCUGGAAGACGCAAAUUGGGCCUGGUCCACGUCAUGUGACAAAGCGAGGCAGCCAAUAGCCUCCCAAGUCUCCACAAGGACCCUCCUCCUCUUAACUACUUACAGGCGCAACAUCAUCAGGAAGUGAACGUGUGUUGGCCCCAUCGGUCUUGACAGCCAGAGUCAUGUCAGGGACCCCGUCUCCGCUGGGAGUGAGUCUGAGGAGAGGAGCCCUCUCCCUCUCCUCACACCUGCACGUGGUCCCAGCGCGUCACAACCCACGACUGUCCGGCUCUGGGAUUUGAGGACUGGGUUCCCUGACCUGUUCUCAGCUCCCUCUCUCCAAUCUGUAUCCAGGAGACGGGAGAGUCUGCCCACGAGGCUCCGCUCCGUGACUCAUUGUGGCAGUUGAGAAUAUAUUCGUUUUUUUGUUUUCCUCUUCUGUCUGUUCCGUCACCUCCUCUUCCUCCUCCCUUCUUCGUGUGUAUAAAACCCGCUCUUGGCUCGCCACCCGUAUCUUACCUUCUCUUUUUCUAUCAGUUCAUUUUAUGUCUUUUUUUGUUUUCGUUUUUUUCGUUUUCAGUACAAAAAUACUAAAGUGCAACAACGAUGAUUAAAAAGAAUACCAACCAAACUGAGAUGAAUAAAGAAAUAUAUAUAAAUAAAGAAAUAAUUUAAAAA